AUGUUCACCCGCAACCUUGGAAGUCAUGGAAAGCAAGCAAGCCACCGAUCUCAGUCCGAUGAGGCUGCUGAGGCUCUCGUUGCCGUGGCUGGUGACCAGGGGUUUGGCCAAUGA